GGCUUGGUGUGCAGUUUCACCCUUCGACUGAAAGGAGGAGGUCUGUUUCGUCGCAUCUCUAACCACGUAAAAAAAAAGAUUCACCAGCAGACGACAUGGCACCCAAAUGCAAGGUGUGCCACGGCUUCUUCGGCCCCGGAGACAAGGCCCCCCUGUCGCUGCAGUGUGGCCACAGCACCUGCAAGCAGUGCGUCUUGAGGCUGAUCGACGAGACGGGAGAAAUCAAGUGCCCGACGUGUAGGGUCGUGACUGACGGUGCCAACGCUGAGGACUUGCCCGUGAACUACGACCUUCUGGACACAGCCACGGAUGACCUCGAGGCACCCGUUCGUCGGCAGGUUCGGAUCAGCGUGAUCGUGAAGGACCUGACCGGGAAGCAGUUCCGAGUGGAGGUCGAACCGAGCUCCCAGGUCAUUCAGAUCAAGAGGUCACUGUUUAACCAGUACGGCUUAACAGUGGACAAUAUUGCACUCAUGUUGCACGGUCAACGCCUGAGGGAGGACGAGACCAUUGCAGAUAACGGGAUCGUUGAGGGAGAUAUUAUAGAGAUGACCACAAGAUACGAAGGAGGGGAAGUGGGUGGCAUCUGAAGACCCUUGUCUUGAUUUUGAGGAUUU